CGGCUUCUCUCUUUUUUUGCAGCCCCCAGCUCCUCCUGAUUUCCCUCCGCCGGUCUGCCCGUCUCCCCGACUGAACGGCAGCCGCAUCCGCCUGGCCGUCGAUAUUUUCGCCCUUCCGUCCCUUCGCGAGGUUUCCCGUCACGGGCCUCUGUUCACCCUGGCCGCCUUCCGAAGCAGCAUGUCCUGUCGUCCUUGUGGCCCGGCUUCCGAUCAGCCCCCCCGGGGGCGCACCCAUUCCACCCAGGCGCCAGAUCAAGCGAGCCCCCUCUUGCGGUCGUCCCUCCCCUUUCCCCCGGCCAAGCAGGGCAUCAAGAUGAUUGACAUUGGUAUCAAUCUUUGCGACCAGCAGUACCGCGGCAUGAAUCGAGGCCGCCAACAGCGCCCGGGCGACCUGCCGGUGAUGCUCCAACGCGGCUGGGACGCCGGCGUCGACCGGGCGUAUGCCACGGCCGGCAGUCUGCGCGAUCUGCUGACCUCGCUGCGCAUUUGCGUCGACGAGCCUCGUCUGAUGACCACGGCCGGCGUGCACCCAAGCAGCUCCAAAGAUGCGGUGGCCGCCCGGCCGGACAUGCGCUCGGGCAAGCCCGAGACCUACGAGGGUCUGUUUCCCGGGCACUACGAUGUCAGCCUGCUGGCCCCGUACGCGCGCAUUGAGCAAGAGAGCGGCCAUGCCCGUAUGAACAACUACUUUCGCGCCUUGGACGCCCUGCUGGCCGCGGACCAGGAGCAAAUGGCUCAUUCUCUGGCAAACGGCCUGCCAGCCCACCGGAAGAUCAUCGCCGUCGGCGAGUGUGGCCUUGACUACGAUCGCCUGCGCCACACGACCAAGAACAUCCAGAAGGACGUCUUCAUGCGGCACUUUGACCUGUCGGAAAAGUAUCGACUGCCGAUGUUUCUUCACAGCCGCAACUCCUGCGAUGACUUCCUCUCGAUCAUGAAGCAGAACCUCCACCGGGUCCCGGGUGGCGGUGUGGUCCAUUCCUUCACCGGGUCUUGGGAGGAGGCCAAGCAGCUGAUCGAGCUUGGGCUCUUCCUCGGCGUGAAUGGCUGCUCCCUCAAGACCGAGGACAACCUCCAAACGGUGCGGCGCAUUCCGCUUGAACUGCUGCUGCUGGAAACCGAUGGCCCUUGGUGCAUGAUUCGUCGGUCGCAUGCGGGGUACCAUUUGAUUCGCUCCCACUAUCCCCAAACCCGACCGGAAUCCGCCACACAUCCGCUGUCCGUGGUUCGCGAUCGAGUGGAGCUGGUCCACAUGAACCCGGUCCUGGAGGUUGUCACGGCCAUCCGCCAUCCGGAUGGGCCGGAGGCCUACCAGCUCCUGUCGGACGAGGAGAAGGACGCCGCCGAGCGGGCCCUCGCGCACCAGGUCUUCCUCAACACCCUGCGCCUGUUCCACCCGGAGGAGUAUGCGACUCAUGCAUCUGCGCAGUGAGGCCCUGGGGAAUGGCGCGGGGCACAGGACAAGCGUGCCCCAUGUGCGCGGACCCCCGCUCCGCGCGCGGACUUACCUCUACUCGGCCCUCCUCCCCUGGCUUCUUGCCUCCUCGCUGCGCGCACCCACCCACACCCACACACACACGCACACGCACGCACGCACAUGUGCGUGCAUUGCCCAGGUUGACGGGGAGGCCAAUAGACGCCAGAGGGUGACUGAAAGA